AUGUCAGCGGGAUCAUCCAGAAUAUUGGCCAAAAAGGUACCGCAGCGUGUUGUUGAUGUAGCAGAAGAAGUACAGGACUGGGAGAACCACAUUAUUCUCAGGUUUCCUGACAAUAUAGCUGCAAAAGUCAGGAAGAUGAUUGAUGAAUCUGGCGAUAGUGAACUUGCUAUUGGGUUCCAGCCAGAUAUGCGAAAUGCAACCAUACAAUUUCAGCAACAAAUCAUGUCUGCAAAGUUGUUUGAUCUACCUUGUAUUGUUGAAGUGAUGAAAACUAUCGAUAAAAAAAAUGUUUACAAAGUCGCUGAUGCAUCUCAAAUUAUGAUCUGUUCGGAUAAUUUGCAACCUAUCACAGAAACAUCACUUCAGAGUGAUACGUCGAAAUCGAAACGUGAUAGAAUAUGGCAGUGGCCUCAUGGACUCACUCCACCAAUGAAAAGUGUGAGGAAACGACGUUUCCGUAAAACGAAAAAGAAGAAAUAUAUGGACGCACCUGAGGUUGAACGUGAACUUAAACGUCUUUUAAGAGCUGAUAUCGAAGCUAGUUCUAGUAGAUGGGAAAUUGUUACUCCUGAGGAAGAUACUAAGAGAGUGGACAUUUCUUCAGUCCCUGUGGAAGCUCUUGUUCUUGGAGAAAUUAGCAAUUCGGACGAUGAAGCGUCGUUAAAAGAGAGAAAGCAGCAGCUUGAAGUUCAUUCUGAUUCCAUUUCUCGAACUGAUAAAUUUGUAUAG